GGACCCUGGAGUCGGGCCGCGCGCCAUGUUCGCUGGCUUGCAGGAGCUCGGGGUGGCCAACGGGGAGGACUUGAAGGAGACGCUGACCAACUGCACGGAGCCGCUCAAGGCCAUCGAGCAGUUCCAGACCGAAAAUGGCAUACUGCUGCCCUCUCUUCAGUCUGCUCUGCCGUUCCUGGACCUCCACGGCACACCCCGACUGGAGUUCCACCAGUCUGUGUUUGAUGAGCUGAGAGAGAAGUUGCUGGAGAGAGUCUCUGCGAUUGCCUCCGAAGGAAAGGCUGAAGAAAGGUACAAGAAGCUGGAAGAUCUCCUGGAGAAGAGCUUCCCCUUGGUCAAGAUGCCGUCAGUACAACCUGUGGUGAUGUGCGUCAUGAAACAUCUGCCUAAGGUUCCUGAAAAGAAGCUGAAGUUGGUGAUGGCAGACAAGGAUCUGUACAAAGCGUGUGCUGUGGAAGUGAAGCGCCAGAUCUGGCAGGACAACCAGGCCCUGUUCGGCGACGAGGUGUCCCCCUUGCUGAAGCAGUACAUCCUGGAGAAGGAGAACGCACUGUUCAGCAGUGACCUCUCAGUCCUGCACAAUUUUUUCAGCCCAUCCCCCAAAAUGAGGCGCCAGGGAGAGGUGGUUCAGAAGCUCACACAGAUGAUCGGGAAGAACGUGAAGCUGUACGACAUGGUCCUGCAGUUCCUGAGGACCUUGUUCCUCCGCACCCGGAACAUCCACUAUUGCACCCUGCGGGCGGAGCUCCUGAUGUCGCUUCACGACUUGGAUAUCAGCGAGAUCUGCACAGUGGACCCCUGCCACAAGUUCACCUGGUGCUUGGAUGCCUGCAUUCGAGAGAAGUUUGUCGACAACAAGCGUGCUCGAGAGCUUCAGGGGUUCCUAGACGGGGUGAAGAAAGGACAAGAGCAAGUCCUGGGGGAUUUAUCCAUGAUUUUGUGUGACCCAUUUGCCAUCAACACCUUAGCGCUGAGUACCAUCCGUCACUUGCAAGAGCUGAUCGGGCAGGACUUGCUACCCAGGGAAAGCCCUGAUCUUCUGCUUCUGUUGAGAAUGUUGUCGCUGGGGCAGGGAGCUUGGGACAUGAUUGACAGCCAGAUCUUCAAGGAACCCAAAAUGGAAGUCGACCUGAUCACCAAGUUCUUGCCGACUCUCAUGUCUUUUGUGGUGGAUGACUACACGUUCACCGUUGAUCAGAAACUGCCUUCAGAAGACAAGGGCCCGCCUCCAUACCCCAGUGCCAACCCCGAAAUGUUUCCAAAAUCCCUGCAGGAGCACCGAAUCGCCUGCGAGAUCGGGCUGUACUACGUGCUUCAUUUUACUAAGCAGAGGAACAAAAAUGCUCUUCUCCGCUUGCUCCCAUCGCUAGCAGAGACCUUCAACGACCUGGGCUUCAGUGACAUUUUCCUGCACCUGCUCGCUGGUAACCUCACCCUCCUCGCCGAUGAAUUUGCACAAGAGGAGUUCUGCACCAGUCUCUUCGACAACUUCUUCCUCCCUGCCUGCUCAAGGAAGGAGAACGUACACAGGCAUGUUCUGCGGCUGCUGCUUCACCUGCACCACAAAGUGGUGCCCGCCAAGUUAGAAACCUUGCAGAAGUCAUUGGAGCCCACCAAGCAGAGUGGCGAAGCCGUGAAGGAGCUGUACAGCCAGCUCAGCGAGAAACUGGAACUACGCAAGCUCAGCCCAGCCCAGGCGGGCGACGCCCCGUCCAUGGACUUGCCUCUGCCGACAGUCCCUACCCCAGCUCCACACUAA